AACCCAGAAGCUCACUUUAUCCUUUUUCUCUUUCUUAAGACCCACACUCUAGCCUAAUUAAUAUGCCUUUCCUUCCUUUCACACCACAAAAAUGUUGACUCCAAUAUCAAUCUCUCUUCCCACUUCCCGUCUCUUUUAUUUCCUCCUUCUCUACCUUUAAAAAGCAUUAAUUAUUCUUUCAUUUUUUGGGUUUUUGAUCUUUUUAUUUUAGGAUUCCUUUUCCCCCCCCUUUUUUGUUCAUCUUGUUUUAUGGGGACUGGUUUCUCAGCUUUUUUUGCAAUUGAAACAAGUGGAAGCUCUCUUCCUCCUUCUAAACCUGGACUCGGUGAUUUGCCUGAUAAUUGUAUAUCAUCCAUUUUUACGUACCUGGAUCCGCCGGAGAUAUGUAAAUUCUCAAGGUUGAAUCGGACUUUUCGUGGCGCUUCUUUGGCUGAUUUUGUUUGGGAAUCAAAGCUACCAUCAAAUUAUAAGUUUCUUGUUCACAAAGUUGUCAAUGAAAAUGAAAAACCAGAUAAGCGCUUGUCUAAGAAAGAGAUAUAUGCCCAUCUAUGUCAACCCAAUCGCCUUGAUGGUGGCACCAAGGAAGUUUGGCUGGAUAAGACUUCCGGAAAAGUUUUUUUAUCCAUUUCAUCAAAAGCAUUGAGGAUCACAGGAAUAGAUGAUCGCAGAUAUUGGAAUUUUAUUUCAACCGAGGAAUCCAGAUUCCACACAGUGGCUUAUCUUCAGCAGAUAUGGUGGGUGGAAGUACUAGGAGAGUUAGAGUUUGAAUUUCCACCGGGAAGCUAUAGCCUUUGCUUCCGAUUGCAGCUUGGCAAACCAACUACUACAAGAUUUGGCCGACGAAUCUGCGCCGUCGAUCAGGUCCAUGGUUGGGACGCAAAGCCCGUACGAUUCCAGUUGGCUACAUCCAACGGUCAGAGAGCUUCAUCAGAGUGUUAUCUGAAACAACAAGGGACUUGGAUCCAUUACCAUGUGGGUGAUUUUGUGGUUGAAAACACUAACAUGCCAAUCAAGAUUAAGUUUUCAAUGGUUCAGAUUGAUUGUACACAUACCAAAGGUGGGCUCUGCUUGGACUCUGUGUUAAUAUGCCCAAGUGAGUUUAGGGAAAGGUAAAAGCCUAGCAAAUUAACAUGACUUAAAUGAGUUUUGUAAAUUUUGUUUGUAAAUUAAAGUGGUAUAUGUAGAAUAGAAAUUUGGGGAAAUGCCAAAAAAGACACAGCAAUUUGUUGGG